UUAAUUAAUCAAGGUAGCAAAGGAAGCAAUAGGAACAAUCACAAUACAUUAAUAAGUGGCUUGUAUUAACGGUCCCUACAUGAUAAAUGCCAUUUGCUGAAGUGAGAAAAGCCAUUUAAUAAAAAUUGUUUGUGGAGACAGAUCACUUUAACCAAUUCACUUAUUGUCACGUAGAUGUAACUUGCAGUUAGAUAACCCUUCCUGCAUCCCCACAUACAUGUAGUUAAUGGUGCCUGCCGGCCCACCCACUGGAGUAUAGGUAUGAUAGCCGCCCACCAGUAUGAAUGGCUGGGAUUGGAGAAAACUCCUAUCACAUUUAUUUUUCUGCACUGUAAUCAACACAGAUAGUGUAGCUCAAAAAAUGCAAGGGCCUUUUUUGUCAUCUCACCUACAAUAUCCCAGUACUGCAAUCUUCAGGUCUGAUGGUUUAAUAUGGUCACCCUGAUGUCCACAAACUGUUCCCAGUGCCUUCUGAGACAGCUGUCCAAUAUAAUUAGAGCAUUUGUCUGUUGUAUACCAAUGUAUAUUGUCCCAAUCAAGGCCUCUGGCAAGUUAUUGGAGCCAUAUGGUUAUGCUUCUUGCGUGUGCCAGUGUAAACCUAGUCUAACCAUGUAUCGCAAGCUGUACACCCGCACAAGACCUCAUGCACGUGACCGUAUUGGUCGAGUGCAUGGGGCCUAAGAGAUUUUUAUUUAUUUUUUUACAGUAACUGUCCUGUGUUGUGGCAUCGAAUGACAUUGUCUGGCAUUGUGAAACUAGAAGUAGUAUGACAUCACUACGCUCUAGAACACCCACAUGCAGUAGAAAAAUAUACUAAUUACAAUGUAGAAUAACAUCUCACCAAAUUCUCAACCAGUCAUGGACGACUCUGCCGUACUUAAAGUAAGAGGAUACAAAAUUGGCAUAAUCUUAGGUGAAGGCUCAUAUGCAAAAGUUAAGUCAGCAUUCUCAGAACGUCUAAAAUGCAGUGUUGCUGUGAAGAUUAUUAAUCGUAGAAAAUCUCCACCAGAUUUUUUGCAGAAGUUCCUUCCCCGUGAAAUGGAGAUCCUGACUGUCAUGAACCAUCAGUCUAUCAUAAAGACGUACGAAAUCUUUGAGACAUCUGUGGGCAAGGUAUAUAUUGUAAUGGAGCUGGGUGCCCAAGGGGACUUGUUGGAAUUCAUCAAGAGCAGAGGACCAAUACCAGAAGACGUGGCACGAAAAUUGUUCUAUCAACUAGCCACGGCUGUAAAAUAUUGCCAUGAUUUAGAUAUUGUCCACAGAGAUCUGAAGUGUGAGAAUAUUCUAUUGGAUAAAGCGUACAACAUUAAACUUUCAGACUUUGGUUUCGCUAGACGUUUAGGCAACAGUAGUGAAAUGGUCUUCAGUAAAACUUACUGUGGAUCUGCUGCUUAUGCUGCGCCAGAGGUCUUACAAGGAAUACCCUAUGAACCUAAGCUCUAUGAUAUCUGGAGCCUUGGAGUGAUAUUAUUUAUAAUGGUCUCUGGUUCAAUGCCUUAUGAUGAUUCCAACAUAAAGAAGAUGUUACGUAUACAGAAGCAACACCAUAUAGACUUUCCACGAUCUAAACAUCUUUCUAAUGACUGUAAAGACAUCAUUAUCCACAUGCUUCAGCCAGACGUACGCCAGCGUCUAACCAUAAAUGAAAUUUUGAACCAUAGCUGGCUUCAGCCUCUCUCAAAAGCUAAAGGAUCUGAACUUCCCCUUCAAAGUAAAAAGGAUGUGAACUCUGCUGAUCAGAUUUCUUAUUUUAAGCAAGAGGCCGCAAACAAAGAAAAAGCCACUCCUAAAUCCCAAACACAAAAGGAAGACCAGACUUCUGAGGAGGCAAGUCUCCAAGAUAGACUUCUGCAGCAAGAGCCAGUAAAGACAGCAGCAGACACAAACACAUCAAGCAAAGACGGAGCUGCAAUAGUCAGUCAUCAUAUACCAGUUGCAAGUAGUUAGCUCAUUCAAAAAUGUGUUUUUCUCAGUGCAUAGUUCAAUUGUUGUUAUUUUCCAAAGGCAUAACCAUUCACAGACACUUACCUACUAAACCAGAUUUUCCAUUUUUAAUCUCCUACACUAUAGCUACCUAAUGUCAUGUUAUUCAUCUUACUUGACCCAGGCUAGAAAUUUUAUUUUAGUGUAGGUGGAUGGAAACUGACUCAAAAGAGCAGAGGUCAGGUCUAAUAGUGUAGACAUGUCAUGUCACUAUCAACAGCGGAUGUCAUUGCUCACUGCAGCAGGAUCACCCUGUGUUCACUUAUUAUUUAAAGGUAAGUAAAGAGCCUGCUUUUGGUACACCAUCUAUACGUUUUACCAUCAGCACCUCUUCAUAUGCAUGCAUGAGUGACAAGGCAUUGGUGUUUGUAGCAUCCCAUUCAGCAGACUGCUACUAAUCUCAUCUCUAAGGGUCCAUUCACACGUCUGUAGAAUGGGUCCGCAUCGGUUCAGCACAUUGCGGACCCAUUCAUUCUCUAUGGGGCAGGAAUGAUACGUACAGCACAGAGUGUGCUGUCCGCAUUUCUGGAGCGCUCCCCCAAUAUUAAGGUCCGCGGCUUUGGGGGAAAAAAAUUGAAUAUAUCCUAUUCUUGUCCGGACAAGAAUAGGCAGUACUAUGGGGGUGCCGGCCGGGUGUAUUGUGGAUCUAGAAUACACUAUGGACGUGUAAAUGGACCCUUAAAGUGGCCAUACAUCAACACCACUUAAUAUGUAUUGAGGUAUCCCAACUUUCCCUCGACUCCAGAUGUCAGGUGACAGAAGAGUUAGGACUUAUUGGUUUUCAACAUGUCAGGUGCUUUAUUCUCAAGGGAGAUUAAUUCACAAGCCAGAGGUGUCUGGCAGCCAUGUAUUCCCCUCACCCCAUUUUGAACAUGAUCACACUCGGCCAAGCAUGCACGUGUAUGGGGGAUGAAAAGCAAUGGCUAUUGCCUAUGGCCACAUUUAGGGUGGUGUCAAACAUAGCUUUUAAUGGCAGUUUCUGAGGCAAAGCUACUAGUGGAUCCAUCAGGAAGAAGUUUAAGCUUUCCUCUCCCAAAAUAACCUGCUUUGGCUCCAAAAAAAAAAAAAAAAAAAACACACACACCAGAAAAGACCAUUUUUUUUCCAGUAUUUUAUG